AUGGCACAACCUGCUCUUCUUCAAGAAGACCUCAAAGCUCUUGAGCAAACUCGUCAGCGUCUCUUACAUUUAACAUCCAAUAUCGCAUCUUUGAAAGCUGAUUUCCAGAGGGGCGCACCUCUACCUGAAUACUCCUCAAUAAUGACAUCCUCAUCUAUCCUAAGCACAAACAUCCAAUCCGUAACCGAUCAUCUCGCCGCCAACAGCGACAUACUCUCUCGCAUUGUCGCAUUCCCCUCUACAAAUUAUCCAGGUCGCACACAAGAGGGGCUUCUUCUACAAUUACUGCGCAAGAAACUAGAGCCACAAGUCGAAGCUUGGGUAGACGAGGGUCGCAAUUUACAGAUAGAUAGUGCUGGAGAAGGAGGUAACCAAGGAGAUAUUGAGGAAACAUGGAAAUGGGCGGCGGAAUGGAUUGGGCCGAGGAUAAGGGAAUAUGCUAUAAAUGAGGCCAGUGAUGAGUAUACGGCGGAGGAGAGAGAGACUGGAGUUGAGAGUGUUAACACAGGGCUUAAGGAGGAGGAGGAGGAGGAGGAGAGUGAUGAGGAGGAAGAGGAAGAGGAGGAUGACGAUGAGAUUAUGGACGGAAUGGCCCAAAGUUCUGAGAAGAAAAAGACGUCGGAAAAAGCCAUGACGAGGAAAGAUGGGAGGGUAAGGAGCAAAGAAGAGAUCUUGAGAUUUGCUACCAGUGGGGUUAUCUGA